AGUCGGGCGGAAGCCGGGGCGGAGGCCCAGGAAGUGACGGCCCCUCCGCGCUCCCGGGGACUUCUGGAGUCCGCGAAGUCGGCAGCGCGGUUGUUGUGGCUGCCGCGCUCCCCGGCCUUAGGCGAUGGAGAACGGAGCGGUGUACAGCCCCACUACGGAGGAGGACCCGGGCCCCGCCGGAGGACCCCGGAGCGAACUCGCCUCCUACUUCUUCCUGGGCCGACUCCCCUGGCUCCGGCGCGUUCUCAAGGGCUUGCAGCUGUUGCUGUCUCUGCUGGCCUUCAUCUGUGAAGAAGUUGUAUCACAAUGUACUUUGUGUGGAGGACUUUAUUUUUUUGAGUUUGUAAGCUGCAGUGCCUUUCUUCUGAGUCUGCUUAUACUGAUUGUUUAUUGCACUCCCGUUUAUGAUAUGGUUGAUACCACAAAAGUAAAAGCAUCGGAUUUUUAUAUUGCUUUGGGAACAGGAUUUGUGUUUUUGUUGGCGUCCAUCAUUUUUGUUUCCACCCAUGACAGGACUUCAGCUGAAAUUGCUGCAAUUGUAUUUGGAUUUAUAGCAAGUUUUAUGUUCCUACUUGACUUUAUCACUAUGUUCAUUGAAAAACUACGGGAGUCCCGGCUGAGAAAACCUGAAAAUACCACUAGGGCUGAAGCCCUCACUGAACCACUUAAUGCUUAAGGAUUCUGGGGUAGUGAUGCUGCAUUGUGGUGCCUGAGCCCUGGAAGAAAUUCUUGUAGAAUUUGUGUAAUUGUUUAAACCACGUCUUUUGGAGAGCAAAGAGAAGGUCAAGAAGGCAGUUUUAUCAGUAUUGUGUCAGUCACCACAAAUCAGGUCAGAGAAGCAAAAAAAAAUUUUUUUAAUAAUGAUCGAAACUAUCUCAAAUGGAGAUUUUGGUGGGAGGAGGGGAAGACAAUGGUUUCUUUAAAUCGCACAGCUCAACGGUUGAUAAAUGAUUCCGUCAUUCUGUUACAGGUCAUUCUUUUACUAGGCUUAGCUUGCAAAUUAUGCUUUAUAGCUGUAUAAACAUGAAUAUAAUAAUCUAUUUAGAAAUGGUUUUAUUUUUAAAUUAAUUUGCUUAGCUGCUUAGAUUAUGUUCUGUUAAUGAAAAUUUAACUUAGUUAAGAAACCAAUAUUUAAAAUGUUGGUCUAGGUUUCUUAACAUAUAAUAUCAGACUUUACUGUAUUUCACUCAGCCUUAAAUAUUACAAUACUUUUGGAUAACUGCUAUUAAUUCUUUCUGAGACUUUUGUAUAGCCUAUAAAGUGUAUGAGAGAUGUUGGUAUUUUAUGUGUUUAAAAGCAACAAUAUCAGCAACUUCAUGUUUAUACUGCACCUUGGUCAUUGAUGUCAAGUAAAAAAAAGAUUGUUUUAUAACAUAUAAAAAAAUGGAAGAGGCUGGGCACACUGACUC